AUGGAAUCAAAUGGAACGCGCAAAGGGCCGCUGCCUGGAGAUCGCCAGGGCGCGUCUGGAGCUGGCGCUGGACGCGACAGCAUGCGAACCGCCAGCCGAGCGCGAGGUGCUGCACGACCACCCAGCAGAUCCUCGCAUCCAUCAUCCCCACCAGCUGGCUUGGUGUUGGCAGGGUCUUCGCGGGCUCAGCAAUCGGCACCCGCCACUGGUGGAGUACGCCGCAUGCGUUGGACAACCCAGAUGAACAGCAACGCAUUGCGGGCGUAUUUUAGGGCGAAAGGGGGAGAAACUGGAGGUUUUGCGUAUCGGGCAAGGAUGCAUCGACUUUUUGCUGAGCUGGAGCCAUCUGUAACCGUCACCGAGCAAAACCUGGCAGACCGAGUUCGGUAUAUCUUGCGCUCAAAUACAUUUGAUGUUAGCGAACACGAACGGCUACGACGUGAGGCUGUUCCUUCAUCGGGUGAAAAUGCUGCGGCUGAGGAUGCGGCGCCACAACUUGCUGAGCAAACGGCAAAUGUGAAUCACGCCGUGAAUACGCCAGUUGUGGUUGAUUCAAACGAUGAUGGAACAGUCGCCCAGGAACUGGAACUAGAGCAAAUGAGGAGUACAUUGGAAGAGGCGAUUGUGGAAACGCGCAGUACGUCUCUCGAAAAUCGACCGCGACUUCCCCGCUUAGCCCUAAGCAAGCAGAAUCGGGCUGUCGUGAGGGCUCUGAACCCAAUGCUGGUUACCUAUUUGGAAGCCAGCCGGGACCUUUGCGAUACGGACUCAAUUCUUUUUGGCGCCGCACUGGCAGUCUGCCGUAUUAUAGGUGCCAAACUUUCCACGGCUGGACGCGCUACUGGACAAAGUAGUGCUAUCCCAGCCUGGAGAAUAAGAAUUGAAGAACGUAUCGCAAAGGCUAGGGCCCUCAUCGGCAGACUGAUAUGCUUCAGGUCAGGCAAUACCAGGCCAAGGAUUGUGCGCACCGUCAGAAUGGCGUUUGCUGGGACAAAUGUUAGUUUGUCCCAGCCGGAUAUAAUGCAAAAACUGACGGAGCGCAUAGACGACCUGAAGCAAAGAAUAGCUGCUUGGGGAAAGCGGAUUCGGCGAUAUACCGAGAGGUCGACACGGUUCAACCAGAAUCGUCUCUUCCAGAGUGAUCAGAAGAGGCUCUAUAAAUCAUUGGAGCGACCAAUAGUAAGUGGAACGGGCCCUGCACCAAAUCAGGCCGACAUGGUCGCAUUCUGGCGCAGCCUGUGGUCAGAGCCCGUAAACCACAACGAGGGCCCUUGGACGGAAGUUGUGGUGAGUCAGUGUGCGAGUAUUACGCCCAUGGACCCCGUCAUCAUAACGCCGGAUGACGUAGCUGAGGCGGUCCGUAGGGCCCCGAACUGGAAAAGUCCGGGGCUUGACGGGCUGCAUCACUACUGCCUGAAGGGGUUCAUGGUGUGUCACUCUGUGCUCGCCCGACAGUUUCAAGAGGCUCUCAACCAGAAGUCGCUCCCAAGCCUCUUCACUACUGGGAUCACUCAUUUGGUUCCUAAAGAUCAGGGUGCCACAGACCCGAGCAAAUACCGCCCCAUCACGUGUUUCAUCCCUGAGAAACCUGGUAAUCUGAUUACGAUUAGAUGUGGUUUCUCGUAG